AUUGACGGAAGUGGCUUCCCCGCACGCACGUUACAAUUUUUAGUUGUGUGUUCCGGUGUGUUUCCGGCGAAAUAGGCUGUAGGCGUUCCGUACCGGAGAGUGGCUAUGGCGGCGGUGGAUUCGGACGUUGUAUCGCUGCCGCGUGGCCGCUUUCGCUGCUGCCUCUGCGAUGUUACUACAGCCAACCGACCCAGCCUCGAUGCCCACUUGAAAGGCCGGAAGCACCGGGAUUUGGUGCAACUCCGAGCUACCAGGAAGGCACAGGGACUCCGAAGUGUGUUUGUCAGUGGCUUCCCCAGGGAUGUGGGUUCUGCUCAGCUCUCUGAGUACUUCCAGACAUUUGGCCCUGUGGCCAAUAUUGUCAUGGACAAGGACAAGGGGGUGUUUGCCAUCGUGGAGAUGGGAGACAUAAGUGCUCGGGAGGCUGUCUUAUCACAGCCCAAGCACAGCCUUGGGGGACAUGGACUUCGAGUCCGGCCAAGGGAGCAGAAGGAGUUCCAGAGCCCAGCUUCCAAGUCUCCCAAAGGAGUGGACUCAAGUAGUCACCAGCUGGUCCAAGCACUGGCUGAGGCUGCGGAUGUGGGGGCCCAGAUGGUGAAGCUUGUGGAACUGAGGGAGUUGUCUGAGGCUGAGCGGCAGCUUCGGAACCUUGUUGUGGCCCUGAUGCAGGAGGUCUUCACAGAGUUCUUCCCUGGCUGUGUGGUCCAUCCUUUUGGCUCUACUGUAAAUAGCUUUGAUGUUCAUGGCUGUGAUCUCGACCUCUUCUUGGACAUGGGUGAUAUGGAAGAGACCGAGCCAGACCCAAAGGCUCCAAAGGUUCCAGAGACUUCAUCCUUGGACUCAGCCCUUGCUUCUUCCCUGGAUCCUCAGGCGCUGGCCUGCACCCCAGCUUCUCCUCUAGACUCACUGUCUCCAACUUCUGUUCAAGAGUCUGAGUCCCUGGACUUUGACACCCCAUCUUCUCUGGCACCACAGACACCCGACUCUGCUUUGGGCUCUGACACUGUCACCUCUCCUCAGUCUCUGCCUCCAGUUUCACCACUGCAGGAGGACAGGAAAGAGGGGAAACAGGGGAAAGAGCUAGAAUUAGCAGAAGAAGCCUCAAAGGACGAGAAGGAGGAGGCAGCAGCAGUGUUAGAGCUGGUGGGAUCUAUUCUCCGUGGCUGUGUCCCUGGAGUGUACCGAGUCCAAACUGUGCCCUCUGCCCGGCGUCCUGUGGUCAAGUUCUGUCAUCGGCCUUCAGGUCUUCAUGGAGAUGUAUCCCUCAGUAACCGGUUGGCCUUAUAUAAUUCACGUUUCCUGAAUCUCUGCUCUGAGAUGGAUGGUCGAGUCCGGCCCCUUGUGUAUACCUUACGCUGCUGGGCUCAGCAUAAUGGGCUGUCAGGAGGUGGCCCCCUUCUCAAUAACUACGCCUUGACGUUGUUAGUGAUCUACUUCCUUCAGACCAGAGACCCUCCAGUACUUCCUACUGUGGCCCAGCUUACCCAGAGAGCAGGUGAAGGGGAACAGGUAGAAGUUGAUGGCUGGGACUGUAGCUUCCCUAAGGAUGCCUCAAGAUUGGAGCCCAGCACCAACGUGGAGCCUCUCAGUUCCCUGCUGGCCCAGUUCUUCUCCUGCGUAUCUUGCUUGGAUCUUUCUGGCUCCCUGCUGUCCCUGCGGGAAGGUCGGCCAUUGAUGGUGGCAGAGGGCCUGCCUUCUGAUCUCUGGGAAGGGCUGCGCCUUGGCCCCAUGAAUCUCCAGGACCCCUUUGACCUGAGUCACAAUGUUGCAGCCAAUGUGACCGGCCGGGUGGCUAAACGUCUGCAGAGCUGUUGUGGGGCAGCAGCCAGUUACUGCCGAAGUCUCCAGUACCAGCAGCGUUCCUCCCGGGGCCGGGACUGGGGACUGCUCCCGCUUUUGCAGCCCAGCUCCCCUAGCUCCCUGCUGUCUGCCAAGCUCAUCCCCUUACCCUCUGCCCCCUUUCCACAGGUCAUUAUGGCUUUGGUGGAUGUGUUAAGGGAAGCACUAGGAUGCCACAUAGAACAGGGAACCAAGAGACGACGGUCAGAAGGUGCCAGAAUUAAAGACUCUCCCUUGGGAGGGGUGAACAAAAGACAGAGACUUGGUGGGCAAGAAAAGAGCUUCGAGGAAGGGAAAGAGGAGCCACAGGGAUGUGCAGGGGACCACAGUGAAAAUGAGGUAGAAGAAAUGGUAAUAGAGGUUCGAGAGACACCUCAGGACUGGGCCUUGUUGCACUCGGGACCACCAGAGGAGGAGUUGCCCCUGAUGACUGCAAACUGUCUAGACAAGGCAGCUGAGCAUAAUCCCAUGAAACCUGAAGUGGCUGGAGAAGGGUCUCAGGGUGAGACAGGGAAGGAGGCAUCACACCCAUCAUCAGUGAGCUGGCGCUGUGCCUUGUGGCACCAAGUAUGGCAGGGGAGGCGGCGUGCCCGGAGACGAUUACAGCAACAAACCAAGGAAGAAGGUAGAGGAGGUCCCACCACAGGAGCAGAGUGGCUGGCAAUGGAAGCUCGUGUGACCCAGGAACUAAAAGGACCCAAUAGUGAGCAAGAGAGGCCGCCGGGGGAGCCCCUCCUCAGCUUUGUGGCAUCUGCCUCCCAGGCUGAGCAGACACUCACUGUGGCCCCACUCCAGGACUCCCAAGGCCUGUUCCCUGGUCUUCAUCAUUUUCUACAGGGUUUUAUCCCUCAAGCACUUAAAAAUCUCCUCAAGUGAGGAACCAAACCUCAAAAACAAUAAAGCUGCUAGUUUAUUUCA